UAUUUGUUCAGCGCUUGUAGUUGAUAGCUCGACACAACACAACACAACACAACUGACUCUGUACGAGUUUGUGUUUCUGAGAUCAGCGGAACAGUAAGCAAAAUUACGUUGGAUUUCUUUAUCCGAUAAAUUUGUCCGCAAUUUCUGAGCACCCAUAAAAGAUGAGAUCGUCUGGGUGGGGUUCCUUGGGGCAAUUUUGGGUGUGUAUGCUCAUUGGAAUACUCUGCAACUUGAAAAGGUCAGAAGGGAUUCGAUUUGUGAUAGAGAAAGAGGAAUGUUUCUCCCAUGAUGUCAAGUAUGAGGGUGACACUGUCCAUGUUUCUUUCGUUGUGAUUAAGGCUGACUCUCCGUGGCAUUACUCAAAUGAAGGCGUCGAUCUCGUGGUAAAGGGGCCUUCUGGUGAUCAAAUUCAAGAUCUUCGUGAUAAGACCAGUGAAAAGUUUGAGUUUGUAGCUCACAAGUCAGGAGUCCAUAAGUUUUGCUUCAAUAACAAGUCCCCUUAUCAUGAGACGAUUGACUUUGAUGUACAUGUUGGUCACUUCUCUUACUUUGAGCAACAUGCGAAAGAUGAGCAUUUCAAUCCAUUGCUGGAACAAAUAGCAAAGUUGGAGGAAGCUCUUUACAAUAUCCAGUUUGAACAGCAUUGGUUAGAGGCUCAAACCGACCGCCAAGCUAUAGUAAAUGAAGCCAUGAGCCGAAGAGCAGUACACAAAGCACUUUUCGAAUCUGCUGCGUUGGUUGGGGCUAGCGCACUUCAAGUCUUCUUUUUGCAGCGAUUAUUUGAACGAAGGCUGGGAUCAUCUAGAGUUUAAAAAAGCCACUAAAAUGCUUCAGGACCUUUGUACUGUUACAGAAAAAUAACAUAAUAGCAACUUUUUUUUGAAAAAAAAUUAUUUAUGGAUUUUUUGAUGAGCUGGAUUACUGAUUUACUUGUAACUUAACAUUUAUUUCCUUCGCUACGUAGAUGAGAUUUCCUUCUGAAA